AUGAUCCACUACUCCACCAGCGACAUCACCAAGCUCCGCGCAGACUGCAUCGUCAAUGCCGCCAACUCGAGCCUCCUCGGUGGCGGUGGUGUCGACGGGGCCAUCCACCGCGCCGCAGGGGAUGGCCUGGUGAACGAAUGCCGGAAAUUGCCGGGGAACCCACGCUGUCCCACCGGCGAAGCCCGCAUUACCGGUGCCUACAAGCUCCCCUGCAAAAAGGUGAUUCACACCGUCGCCCCUGAUCUACGCAAUGCUAGCGAGGUCCCCACGUAUCGCGCAAAACUGGCCAGCUGCUACUGGAAUGCUCUGCAGCUGGCGGUCGACAACAAUAUGCACAGUAUUGCCAUCCCGGCUCUCGGAACCGGCAUCUAUCGUAUCAGCCAUGACGACUCUGCGACGAUCGCCCUUGCGGAAGUGAGACGCUUCUUAGACGGGAUGGCCGAUGACAACGGGGAAUACUUUCCUCCAGCCCAAUACUAG